UAUGGGCACAAGACGGUUUGCACUAAAAAAAAAAAAAACAGAGUUUAAACCUUUCAAGUCACAAAAGAAUUUUGAGUUGAGCAGAUUUGUAUGAAAAAACUUGUACAUGUUGGCAAGUAGAGCAAUUAACUGCCGCAUGAAUAGGUAGGCUGUAGGCAUUUAUAUGGCAGGCCAAAGAUUGAAGCUGGUGAGGGUAGUUAAGCAGCCAAAACAAAAUGAGGAGACUACAACAACAACACGUUUUGCAAUCAUCGCCAAGCUUUUAUUUCCCUACCAAAACAGACCUUCAGGCGGAGUCUCCAAACUCAUAUCUAACCAGCAAACAAAACUCUGUCUUCGUUAACUCCUUCUCUUCUGCUGAUAACCCAAAGUUUGCAAAAGUUUAAAUUUUUUUCACGUUUUUAAGAGUGAGAGAAGGAAAAGAGAGACUAAUUGACUGCUAGAAAUGGCAAGCAUUGCUGGUACUUGUUCUUCUAAUGUUCUGUGUAUGAAAAAUGGAGCUUCUCUUGGUCAGUUCAAUGGUCUUAGGCCAGUGGAGAAUAUGCAGAUGGCUGCAACUAAGCCAACCGGGUUCCUUUUCACUUUAGCUCCAAAAUCCGGAAUAAUCAAAGCAAUGGCAUCUCCGAAUAUUUCUGCUCCCAAACGCGAGAGAGAUCCUAAGAAACGAGUUGUGAUAACAGGAAUGGGACUAGUCUCAGUUUUUGGCAGUGACAUUGAUACAUUCUAUAACAAACUUCUUGAAGGAGAAAGUGGGAUCAGCCUAAUAGAUAGGUUUGAUGCUUCUGGUUUCUCUGUCCGCUUCGCGGGUCAGAUUCGUGAUUUUUCUUCCAAAGGAUACAUCGAUGGGAAAAAUGAUCGCCGAUUAGAUGAUUGCUGGAGGUACUGUCUGGUUGCUGGAAAGAGAGCCCUUGAUGAUGCCAACCUUGGCUCUCAAGUUCUUGAGGACAUGGACAGAACAAAAAUUGGAGUGCUGAUAGGAACAGGGAUGGGAGGAUUAACAGCAUUUAGCAAUGGAGUUGAAGCUCUUGUCCAAAAGGGAUAUAAGAAAAUAACUCCGUUUUUCAUACCUUAUUCUAUCACCAAUAUGGGUUCAGCAUUGCUAGCUAUUGAUACUGGCUUAAUGGGGCCUAAUUACUCCAUUUCAACUGCUUGUGCAACUGCGAAUUAUUGCUUCUAUGCAGCUGCUAAUCACAUCAGAAGAGGCGAAGCAGAUAUAAUGGUGGUUGGUGGCACUGAGGCUGCUGUCAUGCCUACUGGUGUUGGUGGUUUUAUAGCUUGCAGGGCACUGUCUCAAAGAAAUGAAGAUCCCAAAAGAGCUUCAAGACCUUGGGACAAAAAUCGUGAUGGUUUUGUCAUGGGUGAAGGCGCUGGUGUGCUGAUAAUGGAAAGCUUGGAUCAUGCAAUGAAAAGAGGAGCUAAUAUAAUUGCCGAGUAUUUAGGAGGUGCUGUAACUUGUGAUGCUCAUCACAUGACUGAUCCUCGGUCAGACGGUCUAGGAGUUUCGACUUGCAUAAGCAGGAGUUUAGAGGAUGCCAAAGUUUCCCCUGAGGAAGUGAACUACGUUAAUGCUCAUGCAACCUCGACGCUAGCAGGAGAUUUGGCUGAGGUUAAUGCAAUCAAGAAAGUGUUUAAGGACACAUCGGAGAUGAAGAUGAAUGGAACUAAGUCAAUGAUUGGACAUGGGCUUGGUGCUGCUGGAGGACUGGAAGCUAUAGCAACCAUAAAAGCAAUUACAACAGGAUGGCUGCAUCCAACAAUCAAUCAAGAUAACUUGGAGCCUGAUGUCACAAUUGACACAGUCCCUAACGUGAAGAAGCAGCACGAAGUUAAUGUUGCUAUCUCAAAUUCAUUUGGCUUUGGUGGGCACAAUUCGGUGGUUGUUUUUGCUCCAUUCAGGGCCUAGCUUGAUAGAAAAACUCAAGCCAAGAACAAAUUAUUCUCUUUCACCUUCGGUGAGACUUAUUGGGUUCUCGGGUGUCAUGGAUUGGUAGAAGGUUGGUAGAGGGGUCAACAAAUUGAAACAUUCAUUUGCAUUUUUGCUGCUGUGAUAUCAAAAGACAGCACACAUUCAAAUGAUAAUUUUCCUUUCGACAUUUUGUAACUCACAAAGGUAAUGGUGGAUUCAGUGUUAAGGAUUCGUAUCAGUUUAAUAAACUACUUUGACCAAUAAAUUUUAAUUCA